GGAUCCGGCAGCCUGAGCUGAGGGAAGCGAGGAGAGGAGAGGAGGGGCUGCGUGUUUCCGGAAGACGUGGCGGCUGCUGCUACCGCUGCUCGCUACUGAGGCGGCUUCGUUGGUCCUCUCGCUCUUCCGCCGCCCUCAACCCUCUCCUCCUAAGAGUCCUGUCAGCGCGCGUUCCGCGCUGCUCUCGCCGUCGCCAUGAUUUCCCUCACGGACACUCAGAAAAUUGGAAUGGGUCUCACAGGUUUUGGAGUGUUUUUCCUUUUCUUUGGGAUGAUCCUAUUUUUUGACAAAGCACUUUUGGCUAUUGGGAAUGUUUUAUUCGUGGCUGGCCUGGCUUUUGUGAUUGGUUUAGAAAGGACAUUCAGAUUCUUCUUCCAGAAACACAAAGUGAAAGCCACAGGCUUCUUUCUGGGUGGUGUACUUAUAGUUCUUAUUGGCUGGCCCUUGAUAGGAAUGGUCCUUGAAAUUUAUGGCUUCUUUCUCUUAUUCAGGGGCUUUUUCCCUGUGGUGGUUGGUUUUAUUAGAAGAGUGCCGGUCCUUGGGUAUCUCUUGAAUUUACCUGGCAUUAGCUCACUUGUAGAUAAAGUUGGAGAAAGCAACAGCAUGGUAUAAUGGCAAGUGUGCCGAAGACUGGUUCUAAACUUAGAUUAUUUAUAAGGUCCUUCUGAAGAAAAGAUCAGCACAAAGAUUCUCUUGUGUACAGAGGCAAAGUUUGUAACGGUCUUGACGUAAGUUUUUUAAUUUACACCAUAGUCUGCAAAAUACAUUUUUAGCAAAGAGCAAGUGUGCAGCCAGGACUUUUUUCAGCACCAGGAAUUCUGUGAAUUGAACUGAAGAAAAAGUCAUGGGGAGAUCCAUGGUAUUAAAACUGUUCAAGACUACUUAAUGCUUUUGGGAUAUGAACUAAAUGCAGCAACUUCCCCCAUGAAACUAACAGUGCCUGUAACUUUUACCUCCUACUUUUGAAGGUGUAGCAGAGCAAAUAGGAGUCACCCUUCUCUCUUUCCUCCUGCCAGACUUCCUCCCCUCUCUUGAAUGAAGGUAAAUCACCCCCUCCUACAUUUUUUCUUCUGCUGAAAGCAAGAGUUCCCGUAAGCAUGAUGCUCAGUGUGUUUUAAGAUGGAUUGACUUUAACUGUGUGCGAUAGCAGAGGAUUCCACUGCACGAACAUGCUGUAUAAACCAUGUAAAUGUGUGGCUGAAAUACUGCUUUGUAGGAAAAUGUUUAAAGCCAAAGGUAAAUUCUGAUUGGGUGUGUAUUUUACCUUUUGGAAUAUGCAAAAACUAAUUAUUUUUUGUACUAAACUUCAGUCUUAAACCACUCUUGGUUUUAAUAUCCAUUUAGUUUGGCAGGGAUUAUGGGAACCAAUUUUACACUCCUUUUUGACUGGUUCUCCUUGAUACAUGUUACAUCUAUUUAUCACAAAAAGGAUAGAACCCUUUCUUAUUGAAUACGUUUUGUGUGCAUCAUGUUUAGCUCCUGAAAUGACUUGUUUUAAGGCGCUCAACACAUUUUAUGAACUCAGACCUGCUCAGCUAGCUGAACCUCUGAAAAGACACUUCAUUCCUGAAUAUUCCUGCUCUCUUGUCUGCAGCCAAUGUAACAUCCUGCAGCAUGCAACAUCCUGUUUUGUACACUGGCAAAGCACCUGGUUAUGCCGUAAAGGCACUAAGAUUUGGGCAUCCUAUCCUUGUUUUAGGAGAGCAUGUUACAAAGCUAAUUUAUUAUGUAAAUAACUUUUUCUGAAAACUAAGUAAAAAAAAUGUUAAGUAUGCUGGGAGGAAGUCUUGGGGAAUUGUAUUAUAGCAGCAUUGAUCAAGUGCCACAUCUCAAAGCCGUUUUUUAUUGCUGUGGCUUAAUUUUUUCCUAUCCCAGCAUUUAGGAAGGAUGCAUAUUUCAGCACCUGAAGAGUUUCUGUGCCACUUCAGGCAUUUCACUGAAGUGGCCAGUAUGGAAGUGUGAAUUGACUUACACUGGGACAGAACUUGCUUUGUUCCCAUUGCCCCGAAGAAGAUGCAGAUAUAUAAUGGAAAGGAAGCACAGCUAUUUCUGUUUCUCACCAUGUCUCUGCAAUGUCUGAUUGUGGCUCUUGUACAAAUAUCUAGUUCAAACUGGUGUUUGUAGGCAAAGCUGCAUAUAAGCCCCCAUCAAGAUGAACAUCUAUCAUCUGACUUGCGUGAGCAUUUGUGUUGAUGCAAACUGAUUUUGAAACACUGGUAUAAACCACUCUUGUCUGCUAAUGCCUAACAGAAGUAGCCAUUUUAAUCGAAUGAGUGAUUAUUUAAAUAGACAUUUUUAAUUGUGGUAAGCCAGUUUUUUUAAAAAAAAAACUUUGAAAAAGUAAUUGAUGCUUCUGGUUGAAAGAGCAAUCUGUGCAUGAGCUUCCCCAUUUUGCUGGCUUCCUCUUGAAGAAAGAAAAUUGUCUCUUAGGAAAAGCAAUAUUUUUUUGUUUUUUGCCAAAAAGCGCUGAAAUUGGUUUUCUUCAGUCCUGAAGCCAUUUGUGUACCUCCAUAUCAAUCUCACUGUGACAGAUGUUGCUGCCUGUAAAAAAAAAAAAAAUGGUUCCGAGGUUCCAGCUGCAAUUCUGAAAAAAAAUAAAAAUGCAAAUCCUGUUGAAUCAAAUGGGACACGCUCAUGAAAUAAGGUUUUGCAGCUCAAACUUUUUUCCUGGUGCUGUGUAUGCACUACUGUUUAAGCAGAACGCCUCUGGCAUAUGCUUGAUAAUCCCCACAUGCAGGUUUAACUGCACAGGAGUGCAUUUGUGAGUCAUUCCUGUAUCUGAAAUCAAUUAACCCAUAUUUGGGGCUCCAAGGGAUAUACUUAAGCUUUGGAGCAACUGAGCAAUUCAUACAUCAUUCCUAGAGCUGUAAUUGGGGUCUGUUCAGAUGUUGCUUUGACUUUGGGAUUCUAUCUAGGAAGAGUUAUGGAGCAGGUCACAGAUUUCUGUGUUCUUUUCCUUGCCCCUCACUUAGGAGGAGUAGGAACUAAAUGAACAGAGGACAACCAUCUAUGCUCCUGAUUCAACCAGGUACUACCAAGUCAGGGAGCUCCUAUGUUCAGAUAAAUGCCAAAUUUUCCUUUCUACCUGUAGGUAGAGAAACAGGAGGAAACUGCUACUACUGGGUACAAUCUCAUAGAGAAAUACAGUCUAAAUGCACCCUUAGUUUAAUCAUGCCCAUGUCAUGUUCUCAUGGCUCUGGUUUCUGGUUUCCUUGCAAGUAGGACGGACCUAUGUUGUUAAAUAGUGAAUGGUGGUAGCACUGUAGUCCUUUAGAAAGUAAAAGCGAAGACAAUUGACUUCUUAAAAUGGCCCGAUUUGAUAGAAAUCCUGCCAUUUUGUGGCGAGCGUUGCAUUAAUCUUUAAGCGCCUCUUUAAACAGACAGUAUGGGCAAAAGUGGUCAAUACACACAAACACCCAGUACAAUUAUUGUUUUGACUUCCCACAGCCCUGUAUGAUUAGAAAGGCAUGCAGAUCACUUCUGCACAUAAAAAUUGUGCAAGACUUUAAGAGUGGGUAGUACCUCUCACUGCCCUUCAGCGAAAUGGAAAGUUCUUCAAAAGUUAGCUCCCUUCUGACUAAUAUGCUGAGUUUAGAGGAUUCCGAAGACCUACGUUGGGGCAACAUCCUGAAGCUUCUCAAGGCUUUGACUUGUAAUUGGUAGCAGAGGUGGGCUGUGAGCAGAGCAUAACACCUGCAAUUUCCAAGGUAAUGUUCCUUGGCAGAUACAAAAUAUAUAUAUAUUGUGGUGUUGGUAUUAUGAAAGAGGUCAAAAUUAAUUUGUGCAAAGUUGGUAUUAUGAUAGAGGUCAGAACGACUCCGUAGCCUUAAGGCCACUAUCCUAUGUCUUUUACUUGGGAGUAAGCACACUGAACUCUGUGGGGCUUACUUUCAAGUAUGACAUGCAUAGGAUUGGGCUGCAUGUGUUGUAAUCUUUUGCAGAAAAAAAAUAUCUGUAACAACAAAAUACAUUUUCUCACAUUUAAAUGUAAUUCUUUAUUGCUGCUUUAAGAAUCACAUGAGAAUCUUGUCCUGGGGGGAAAAAUACUGUAAAUACACUUGUCAUACCUUGAAUAAAUGGGUACUUUUUCUAUUAA